CCAUGAACGUUGGCUGAAAGAUUUUGGGUCAUGGACCGUAAAAAUGAAGACAGAAUUGUGCGAUUACAUUUCCUAUAAUCUGAACCAACCCGUUUCGAGCUUUCGAAAAAAGAAAAUAAACGCGCAGGACUCAGGAGGCUGCUCCGCCAUUAUCCUCCUCAAUCGGCAUCUUUAUCAUAAUUUGGUGCUUUUAGCUCUCUGUGAUUCAGUUUUUGGAUUGUUAGCGAUUGCGUAGCCUUAGCCCUGAUUGGACUGGUUGGUUGAGGAGACGGAGUUAGUGUUGAGAGUAAUUUAUAACUCUUCAAGCUUGAUGUUGUAUUGGAGAAAAUGAUUGUUUAGAGAUCCCUGAUUUUCAUUUUAAGGAUGUGGUUGAGGAACUGGGUAUUGAAGUUCCUGGUGUUGAGUUCAUAUCAAUGAUGUAACUGAUCUUGGAUGGACUAAGAAAUUUUAAUAUUGUUUACAAUUGGGAUUGGUGUUUUUGUUUUGGAGGAUGGUAAGGGUUUAGGUUUUGAGCUAAUGGAUGAUCAUGAGUGUGUGGUUGUAAUGUGCACAGGCAGGAGGCAGUGCUGUUGUGGGUGUUGGUUGUGGUGGUGUAGUGUUUUUGCUGCUCAGUGGAGGUAGUUGUUAAUAGGAGUAAUUUCGAUUAUGAGUUCAGACAGCAGGAGCCAGAGCAGGAGCAGAAGCAGGAGCAGGAGCCAUAGCCCAAUGGACCGUAAGAUCCGUUCUGAUCGCUUUUCCUACCGUGGUGCACCUUACAGACGAGAGUCACGUCGGGGUUUCAGCCAAAACAAUCUGUGCAAAAACUGCAAACGGCCUGGACAUUUUGCCAGAGAGUGCCCAAAUGUUGCAAUAUGUCAUAAUUGUGGCCUUCCCGGGCAUAUUGCUUCAGAGUGCACCACGAAAUCAUUGUGUUGGAACUGUCGAGAGCCUGGGCACAUGGCCAGCCAUUGUCCAAAUGAGGGCAUCUGCCACACCUGUGGCAAGGCUGGACAUCGUGCCAAAGAGUGCACUGCUCAACCACUGCCGCCUGGGGACUUGAGGUUGUGCAACAACUGCUAUAAGCAGGGUCACAUUGCAGCAGAUUGUACGAACGACAAGGCCUGUAACAACUGUAGGAAGACAGGUCACCUGGCACGUGAAUGUCAAAAUGAUCCUAUUUGCAACAUGUGCAACGUGGCUGGGCAUGUGGCUAGACAUUGCCCAAAAGCCAAUAUAUUUGGAGAUCGUCGCAGCAGCGGUUACCAAGACAUCGUGUGCAGGAACUGCCAUCAGUAUGGACACAUGAGCAGGGAUUGCAUGGGCCCAUUAAUGAUUUGUCACAACUGCGGAGGACGAGGACAUCGAGCAGUUGAGUGUCCAUCUGGAAGGAUGAUGGAUCGCUUCCCUCCUCGGAGAUACUACUGAUGGAUGAUAGAUUGAAUGGUGUCAGUAUGUGUUUUAAAAUCAACUCUGAUUGUUCAGCUAGUUUUUAGAUUGAUUGGAUGUUGAAACCUAAUAGCAGCUGAGGAGUUAUUUGGGAAACCUGUUUGAUAGGCGAGGAUGUGCUUAUGCUGAUGUGGGGCAUUUAUUUUUUACUAGGACUUGAUGAUAUUAUAGAUUUAAUGCUAUAGGAUUUGUAUUCGGAAAUAAACAGUUGGAGAAGCAGGAUGCCAAUGGUGUUGGCGGAUCUAUGUGAUGCAUUGGCAUUUCCCUGUCAGGCCUCUGCAAAGUUGCUUUUUAAGCCCUUCUUUUUUGUUUGUGAUAGCACAACUUCUGCUUUGUUGUUUGGAAGCUGGGUUAAGUUAUGAAGUGCAUGCUGAGUUCCAGUGGAGCUUUAACGAUAUUAAACUUUGGAGAUGGCAAUUCAACAAAGUGUGAAAACAAAAUUGAUGAGCAUCUUUUUGAAACCUUAACAUGCAUGUGUGGUUGUGGUUGGAGAAGUGUAGUAGUGUUUCUCAAUCGAGCGGGAUUUGUUAUUUUGUUUUCUUGUAUUGUAGCCCAUUCUACAAGUACAUCUUUUCUUUCACUUUAACUAUUUAGAUUUUGUUUUA